GGAAACCUCCCCCAGCGCGCGCCUUGUCUCCAUGCGAUCAUGGCCACUGCCGCCUAUCUCAAUGGACAAUAGCACUGGAUCUGGAUUCUGCCUGGUCUUUUCCGUUGCACGCGUAUUCGAAAGCGCUGCUGCCGCUUAGAGCAGUCGCAACCGGCCCACCAACCGCCUCAACACCCGCUCUGGAAGCUACCCCGCCAUCAUGAGGACCGUACUGCAGCGCGUGAAAUCCGCCUCUGUCACCGUCGAUGGCCAGCUCAUCUCCUCAAUCGGCAAGGGCAUGCUCGUGCUCGCCGCCAUCUCCAAGGACGACACGGAAAAGGACGUCGAGUCGAUGGCCGGCAAGAUACUGAAAGCGAAACUAUGGGACGACGAAGACAAGGAGCCUGCACUCCGCUGGAAAAAGGGCGUCAUGGAGAUCGGAGGGGAGGUCCUCUGUGUCUCCCAAUUCACGCUGCUCGCUUCCGUGAAAAAGGGCAACAAGCCCGACUUCCACCAGUCGGCAAGCGGCCUCAAAGCGAAGACGCUCUAUCAAGCUUUCUUCAAGAAAGUGCAGGACCUCUAUGAGCCAGAUAAGAUCAAAGACGGCGUUUUCGCAGCUAUGAUGGACGUAGCACUUGUCAACGACGGGCCGGUAGGUAUAGACUACACCUGUCUGGACAAUGAGGUACACCCUCAGCAUCUUUCACCCUGCCCCGGCUUACGAAGCACGCUAACAACCCGACCUAGGUCACUAUUCAAAUCGACACAAACCCUCCAAAAAUGGACGACCCAACCUCCCUCGGCCCAAGUGGCGUCGGCACGCCCAGCAGCAGCACCGCCUCAACUGCUGUCGACGUGA